UGACGUCACCAUACCGGUAAGCCGAAGCCAAAGCCGAUCGAGCCUUUCUCACGUGGGAUUCGGACGCGCUCACGCGUUGUUGUUCGGCCGGGGCGGAAAAUGAGCGAGACCUGAGGCCGCCGGAAAACCCGCCUGAUUUCGUCCACGAGAAAAGCAGCGUGUCAAAUUUGGUAAGAUCACUGUCAAACACGAAUCCUCAGAAUGGAGGACGCACAUACCUAUUCGUAUGAGGAUGUCCUCACGCAGUUUGCUGUGGAGGCAGAUGUUGGCCUUGCAGAAGGCCAGGUCAAGAACAGCCAAGCGAAAUAUGGUCCAAACGAGCUGCCAGCAGAAGAGGGGAAAUCCCUCUUUCAGCUUGUGAUAGAACAGUUUGAUGAUUUAUUAGUUAAAAUCCUAUUACUGGCAGCCAUUAUCUCUUUUGUUUUAGCUUGGUUUGAAGAAGGCGAGAAAACCAUAACCGCAUUUGUUGAGCCUUUUGUUAUUCUUCUAAUUUUGAUUGCAAAUGCAAUUGUUGGAGUUUGGCAGGAGCGUAAUGCGGAAUCGGCUAUUGAGGCCCUGAAGGAAUACGAACCCGAGAUGGGCAAGGUGAUCCGAGCAAACAAGCCUGGGGUACAGAAGAUUCGCGCCAGGGAGAUUGUUCCAGGCGAUAUCAUUGAAGUCUCAGUGGGGGAUAAGAUUCCUGCCGACAUACGUUUAAUUAAGAUCUAUUCGACGACCCUUCGUAUCGACCAGUCCAUCCUUACCGGUGAAUCGGUCUCAGUCCUCAAGCACACGGAUAUUAUUCCUGAUCCCAAGGCUGUCAAUCAGGACAAGAAAAAUAUUCUCUUCUCUGGCACUAAUGUUGCUGCUGGAAGAGCGCUUGGCAUCGUCAUUGGCACUGGCUUGGGAACUGCCAUUGGAAAGAUUCGCACUCAGAUGGCUGAGACAGAAGAGAUUAGGACACCUCUUCAGCAGAAACUGGAUGAGUUCGGUGAACAACUUUCCAAGGUCAUUUCUGUCAUUUGUGUUGCUGUUUGGGCCAUCAACAUUGGGCACUUCAAUGAUCCAGUUCAUGGUGGUUCUUGGUUCAAGGGAGCCAUUUACUACUUCAAGAUUGCCGUUGCCCUGGCCGUAGCCGCUAUCCCUGAGGGUCUCCCGGCUGUCAUCACCACUUGCCUUGCCCUUGGCACUCGCCGCAUGGCCAAGAAGAAUGCUAUUGUGAGGUCUUUGCCUUCUGUUGAGACUCUUGGUUGUACCUCUGUUAUCUGCUCAGACAAGACUGGCACACUCACCACCAACCAGAUGUCUGUCUCUCGCAUGUUCGUUAUGGAUAAGGUUGAGGGUAAUGACUGCUCUCUUCUGGAAUUCGAGAUCACUGGCUCCACCUACGAGCCCAUUGGUGAAAUAAGUCUCAAUGGUGCCAGAGUCGCAGGAUCAGAUUUUAUUGGAUUGCAAGAACUCUCGACCAUCUCAGUCAUGUGCAAUGAUUCCUCGGUGGACUUCAAUGAGUUCAAGAAUCAGUUUGAAAAGGUUGGAGAAGCAACAGAGACGGCACUCAUUGUCCUGGCUGAGAAAAUCAACCCAUUUAAUCAGUCCAAGUUUGGUGUUGAUCGACGCACUGCUGCUCUUGUAACAAAGCGCGACAUGGAGACCCGUUGGAAGAAGGAUUUCACUCUUGAGUUCUCACGUGAUCGCAAGUCCAUGUCAACGUAUUGCACUCCUCUCCAGUCUUCUAAUCUGGGCACAGGAUCCAAGAUGUUCUGCAAGGGAGCUCCUGAGGGUGUCGUGGACCGUUGUACUUUUGUACGUGUUGGAACACAGAAGGUUCCUCUCACUGCAGCUGUAAAAGAUAAGAUCAUGUCUGUCAUUCGCCAGUAUGGCAGCGGUCGGGAUACGCUCCGUUGCUUGGGUCUUGCCACCAUAGAUAAUCCCCCUAAGCCAGAGCAGAUGAACUUGACUGACUCAACUAAGUUCCAUUCAUAUGAAGUCAACAUGACCUUUGUUGGUGUGGUUGGAAUGCUGGAUCCUCCCCGAAAAGAAGUCUGUGAUUCUAUCAAGAGAUGCCGAGCAGCUGGCAUUCGUGUUAUUGUCAUCACCGGGGACAAUAAGGCCACUGCUGAGGCCAUUUGCCGUCGCAUUGGAGUGUUUGAGGAGGAUGAGGAUCUAACAGGUCUCUCUUACUCUGGUCGUGAAUUUGAUGAACUUAGUCCCAAGGAGCAAAGGGAAGCUUGCAAUCGUGCCCGACUGUUCUCUCGCGUUGAACCUUUCCACAAGUCAAAGAUUGUUGAAUACUUGCAGGCCGAAGGUGAGAUCUCUGCCAUGACUGGUGAUGGUGUGAAUGAUGCCCCUGCUCUGAAGAAGGCUGAGAUUGGUAUUGCCAUGGGUUCAGGCACUGCUGUGGCCAAGUCUGCUUCUGAGAUGGUGCUUGCUGAUGAUAACUUCUCUUCUAUUGUGGCUGCUGUUGAGGAAGGCCGUGCCAUCUACAACAACAUGAAGCAGUUCAUCCGUUACCUCAUUUCUUCCAACAUUGGUGAAGUGGUGUCCAUCUUCUUGACUGCUGCUCUUGGUCUCCCUGAAGCUCUCAUUCCUGUCCAGCUCUUGUGGGUCAACCUGGUUACUGAUGGUCCGCCUGCCACUGCACUAGGCUUCAACCCCCCUGACCUUGACAUCAUGGACAAGCCCCCUCGCAAGGCUGACGAGUCUCUCAUCUCUGGCUGGCUCUUCUUCCGCUACAUGGCCAUUGGAUGUUAUGUUGGUGCCGCCACAGUUUUUGCUGCCUCUUGGUGGUACAUGUAUGACCCCACUGGCCCUCAACUCAACUACUACCAGCUGGCUCACCAUCUGUCCUGUACAACAGAUUUGGAGAACUUUAAAGACAUAGACUGCACUGUCUUCAGCCACCCAGCUCCCAUGACCAUGGCCUUGUCUGUGUUGGUUACUAUCGAGAUGCUCAAUGCUCUAAACAGUGUGUCAGAGAACCAGUCUCUCUUGGUGAUGCCACCCUGGGUCAACAUCUGGCUCCUGCUGGCCAUGGCUCUCUCCAUGAUCCUGCAUUUCUUCAUUCUCUACAUCAACUUCCUUUCGACUGUGUUUAAUGUUAUGCCGCUCUCUGUGGCGCAAUGGAUUGCAGUGAUGGAUAUAUCCUUCCCUGUAAUUAUAUUGGAUGAAACCUUCAAGUUGUUUGCUCGCAAGUUUGCUGACGGUGAAAAUCCCCUAUACUCCUGCCACUGGAUUGUUUUGGCAUGGGGACUGUACUUUGCAUACAUUAAGCAAUACUUCUUGUAACGUAGGUAAUUCGUUAAUGGAAAAUUAGAUUGUCACAUUCUAUUUGGUGUGAGGGGUUGAUGAAAGGGAGACAGCUCGAGCUGACGAUGCACUUGUGGUGCUCUUUUGUAAGGGAGGGCUGUAAAGGGUCUACGAUAUACAUGGCUGUUGUGGCCGUAAAACCCUGCAGUCCCCUAGCUUCACCAGAAUGGCAGGUUAGGUUUGGCUGGGAGGGUUUUCAAGAUAUCUUGGAAGCAGAGAUUACAGUUCUCCCAUAACUUUUUCCUUGCAAGUCAGCUGCAGUCAGACUAUCAAUAUAACUAUAACUGAAGUCUAGAUAAUGGAUUCCAAACAACUGUUUAGGUAGAACUCCUUUGAAUAUUUGAGAUUACAAGAUACUAAUUGUCAUGUUACUGAUUUUAUGGUUGGGGGCUGCAGUGUCUUUGAAGGCUGUAGUUUUUUCCAGGGACUGUCUGGAGCAGGAUAAAAUUGAGGGAAAGCAGCGAUUCCUCCAGUGGAUUUUUUCGCGUGGAUUACUGUACUGAUAACUGAACUAACUAGGAGACCAUGUCAGUCAAAAUGCGCAAUGGGUCAUGUUCCUCAAACUGAGUCUGAUGUUUUCACCUGUACAGUGUUGUGUGGCUUUCUUUCGCCCAAGACAACAGGCUUGGAUAGACUAAAGGGGUCUUUAACUUACCACCAUUCGAAAGAUGUGCAUGAAUGUAUGUGUGCAGGUAAUGUAUCAUAUUUUAAGUUGAAUGUAUAUUUUUAUCAGUUAGAAAAUAAAUUUUGUUGGGGGGUGGGGGGAGAAAUGUGUCUUCAUAGUGUAUCUACAGAAAAGUACUUUUUCUAAUAAAACAUGUAAGUUUUAAGGGAAAAAUAGCAACAGUACAGAGUGGGCAAUAUUUAGCUAGCAUUAGCUAGAACUUACUAAACUGAUUUAGGUGGUAGUGGUGACAGUGCUAGGUGAGUAUUGGCCUCUGUGGAUUUUUGUUUUUAGUGAACUCAAUUAUCAUGGCACAUAGUGUCUUUCCAGUAUAUUUUAAGGGAACGCUGGGAGCAAUCUUGUGAUGCGGGUUGUGUCAUUAUUAUUUUUGUUGAGAUUUGUAGAUUUUUUGGGGGUGAGAAUUUUUUUGACAUGAUUAUUUUUUCCAACUCGAUAUGCCAAAGUCAUUAGCAUAUUUCCAUCACAUAGGUGCAAAAAAUUACUUUUAGCCAGGAGAACAUAGAAUAUGUUAAUGAGGAUCAUAGGAAGACCUUUGAUAUUAUUUUCAUUAUGAUUAUUAUUUGCCUUUUGAGAUUAUGUUACUUUUGUAAAGAAUAUCUCUGCCUCUCUUCUCAGAAUCAUUACUGACUACUAGUUCAAACACAUGUAUAUUGCUCUGUCAUUUUGUAGGGUUCAGAGUAAACUUUCCUUUUUCAAAUGGCAUAUAUUUCUAAAUAUUUAUUUCAGAAUAUUUUGACCAAUUUUUUAAGUUGAUAAGGAACGUAUUAGGACUUUAUAUGUUCUAUUGAGUCUUAUAUUUUCAUAAAAGUAGACGUUAUUGCUACAGGACUGAGAGUGAGAGCUUGACUGUGUACACACAACUUGAUUGAUGAUAGAAAGGUGCUGAGGAACUUUCAUCCAAUGGGAGAUAAAGGCUUUAGUUUUUGUAGUUACAAUCACACGAGUAAGUCAAUAAAGAAAGGAAAAGCACAGAAGUGUCACUGGAGAUCAAAAUGUCACGGACGUACGACCUCCUUGUAGUGAAUUUUUACCUGCAUCAGCAGAAGUAAUAUUGUACCAAUUUUUUUAUAUAUAUAUAUAUAUAUAUAUAUAUAUAUAUAUAUAUAUAUAUAUAUACAUAUAAUUUUCUUUUUAUUGCUCAUUACUCAUGAUGUUGAAUAACCUAACUGGAAUAGUAUCUGAUAAAAACACAUGAGAUGAAUGAUACAAAGACAAACAAGCAGUUUGACACUAUGAAAGCAGAUUGAACAAUAUUGAAAAGAGCAUCACAUCCAGAAGGAAUUGUGUGUGUGCCAAUAGCAAUGUGUGAAGAAUUUCUCCAAAGGACGUGCAAUUAUCUUGGAAAAGGAAGGAGCGUGCGGCAGAACGACACAAGGAGAAGGAAUUGAAUGGCAGGAUUUUAUUUAUUAUUGGCCCUUCGUAUCAGUGUUGAAGUUGUACUUUCUCAAUGUUCCAAGCUUUUCAUAUCAUAGAGACAGUCACUGGGAGGCUCACUGUAUAAGUAUUUACUCUUGAUGGAAUGCAAGUUCUCCGUGUGCAAUAACUAAUGCACAAAACUAAAUGAAAAAAUUAUAAUGAAAAAAAAAGGGUGUAUGAUGAAAGAAGAAUGAGUGAAUCUCAUUUCUUUUCUAUAACCAUUACUCAUUAUUUUUUGUCAAUGACUAUUAUGAUGACAAUGAUAGUAAUAAUAAUGAUAAAGAUAAUGUUAAGUGUUUAUUAUUAUUAAUACUAAUGUUGUUGUAAUAUAAUCUCUAAUUAAAAGUUUUUUUCCUAAUUAAUAUUUUUUUGUUACUACAGUAUUUCUCUAGACAGAAGAAAACAUGAAUUGCCUGCUUGUAAAUAAAGCAUUUUAUUGUAAAUUUACA